AUGUAUUUUAGAGUGGGAAAUCGUAUAUUUGUAACUUUCUUUCUGAGACCGUGGAACAAGUUACUGGAGAUUAUCACCCAACCAGUGGUGUCAGGUAUAUAUCUUUAUCUCACGUCAAUAAGUUCCCCAAGAAUCUUGGAAUACGAACAAAAAUUGAAAGUAAAAGGAAAGGUAGUUAAAGUUGAAGUGGAGCUAUGGGAUGUCAGUGGGGACAAAAAAUUUGAAGCUUGUUGGCCAGCUAUUUUCAAAGGAUCUCAUGGAAUUGUGUUUGUGUAUAACCCCGAUAAUUCAAAUCACGAAAAAGAGUUGAAUGAAUGGCAAGUUUUCAAUUCAUUAUAA